UGGGAGGGCGCGGGGCGAUGGCGGCGGCCGCAGCCAUGGCGGCGCUGGGCCGGAGCCUCGCGGCCGCGCUCCGGCUGCCCCGGGCUCGGCCGGGACUCUCCGGGAUGACACUGAAUCUGUGCCACAAGAACCUACCAAAAACUGAGACCCUCCAUCAGGUGAUGUUCCUGCACACAACUGUUUCUCAGAGAGGUCUGGAGGAGUUUUUUGAUGAUCCAGGAAACUGGGGGGAAAAAAGUGUAAAGUCUGGGGAUUCAUGGAAUAUAAAGCAGCUAAGGGGCAAGAGUAGUGAAGACUUGCACAAACUUUGGUAUGUCCUGCUGAAAGAAAAGAACAUGCUCUUAACUUUAGAGCAAGAAUCCAAACGACAGCGCAAGGCUAUGCCAAGUCCAGAACGAUUAGAAAAGGUAGAAACAUCUAUGAAAAAUAUAGACUUGGUUGUCAGAGAAAGAGAAAUUGCUUUGAGGCUUUUACAAACAGGCCAUGAAAAGCCAGUCCCUGGCGAGUGGAGACACGACUUCUUGGGACGCACCUUCUGGUACAGUUACAAGGAAUGGCCAAUACCAUGGCACUUGAACAAAAAACACAAAAAGAAGAGAUUCUAUUACCUACCUCAUGUGAAUAACUUCAUCAGACUCAGGCUCGAAAAAGCCUUACGGAAAAGGGCAAGGCAGCAAAACCUGGAGAGGACGAGGCAGAAGGUCUUGGAAAGGAAGUUCCCUGACGUUGCUGUGAAAUCCCAGAGCCAGUAACGUGCUGGAAGAGCACUGCAAGCAAUUGGUCAGGAGUCUGUGGAACAUGAAUCAUGUUCUGGAACCACAAACAACUCCACAGAGCAUUCCAGAGAGUCUCCAUCUUCUUUUUUGUUUUCAAUACCACAUUUGACUUUAAUUAAACUUGUGAUCUGGAAUUAAAAAGCAGCUUUGGUGCCUAAC